AUGCGGGCAGGGAGAGGCCCGGGGCACGCGCGUUCUGGCCACGGACGAGAGCAGGCGUACGUUGUGUACGCCCACGAUGAUGGUGGCUACUACGAAGACUGUGGCUACUACGACGAUGGAUACUUCUACGACGACGGCUACUACGACGCCGGGUACGCACACUACGCCGGCGGUGGGGACAGCUACAGCUACUCCUCCGGGGGCCUUUCCGCGUGCUGCCGUUCUUCCAAGCCCGGCUUCAUGCGUGAGGAUAGCCGCACCAAGCUCGACGACGAGGCCACCCUCUGCUACUACCUGAACGGCAGCGACAACCACCCGAGCGGCACCGUCAAGGUCCUCAAGGCGUCCACCGACCGCGUCGUCUACACCAACAACGUGUCGUGGGUGACGUCGGCGCCAGCAGGCGAGGGGGGUUCCGCUGCCAACCUCUGCUACUUCACCGUCACCGUCAGCGACCCUCGCUCCUGGCCAGACGUCCUCUGCCGCUUCGCCGUCACCGUCGGCGACCCCGAUCCAGACCAGCCGCCGUCGUCGCCGGACCCCGCGAUGCCCCCGCUUACGGCUCACGCCAUGCGGCAGCUUCGCCCGGGUACAAAGGCCGAGGGUAUGACAGACCCGCGGCUGCCAAGCCGUACGAGAUCGGGCACAAGGCACAGCACAGGACUUAUCUCGAUGCUAGACAAGGACACUCUAGUGUCGAUGCUGGAGGCUCGGAGCGCGGUGGAUGCAGAGCGCAGGGAGCCGGGGGGAGCGGGGGCCGGAGAGCAGGCGGGAGCACUCGCAGCGGCGGACCCGGGGACUGGAGGAGCGGGCUUCCCACUCGCAUUUGCCACGUUCCUCGCCAACCAGGAAGACAUCGACGCCACGCUGCGAGACCAGCGCCCGCCGGAGCAACGCCCUGACCUUCCGCAUUGCCAGGCCAGCGACCUUCGUGUCCCCAAGAGCUACAAAGAGGCCAUGGCGUCGGAGCACCGGCACCUUUGGAGCGACUCUAUGCAAAGGGAGUUUUAUGGCUUGUUGGAAGCNCUACAAAGAGGCCAUGGCGUCAGAGCACCGGCACCUGUGGAGCGACUCUAUGCAAAGGGAGUUUUAUGGCUUGGUGGAAGCGGGGACUUUUUCUCCGGCGAAGUAGCAAUGAAUGGAUGGCCCACUAAGGUUAAGUCGAGACUUGUAACGAGAGGUGAUAUGCAGAGAAAGUACAUUGACUUUGGAGAGUUGUACGCGCCUACCGUUUCUGUUUCGUGUGUUAGGAUGUUGGCUGCUUUGGCGUGCGAGUUGAACCUCGACUUGUGUCAUUUCGAUAUUGAGCAAGCUUUUGUGCGUUCGGAGUUGGAGGAAGACGUGUACAUGCGUUUGCCGCAGGGAUGUGGAGCUCUAUCUGGAAUGAUUGUAAAACUAGGCGAGAGUCUGUAUGGCUUGAGACAGGCAUCUAGGCAGUGGCAUGCAAUGCUGAAGAGGUUGACGAUUUAUCAGCAGAGUUUCACAGAUGAGCUAGCAACAGAGUAUGGAGUACUGGGAGGAAAGAGCGUUCCGAUGUCUUCGGGAUUGAAGCUUUCUGAUUUUGAUGCGGAUGACGUGGCGACAGACUUUGCGUUUCGUGAACUAGUCGGAUCUUUGAUGCGGCUGGCGACUCAGACUAGGCCAGAUAUUGCCAAUGCAGUAAGGGCAGUAGCUAGGUAUUGCGCAUCUCCGAAGCGGGUACACUGGAAUGCAGCGAUGGAUAUUUUAGGGUGUGCGAGGAGGACGAGUCACUUCGGUAUUUCGUUUCAGAGAGGUACGGUAAAGGGUUUCAGUUUGCAGGGGUACGCUGAUGCGGACUUUGCAAGCAAGGCAGCACACCGUAGGUCGGUAUCAGGGGGGAUCGUCACGUGUGGAGGAGGCGCCGUGUCUUGGUUUUCGCAGAAGUGUGUUACGGUUUCGACGACUGAAGCAGAGUACGUCGCGCUUGGUGACGUAGUGAAGGAGAUCUUGUUUUUGAGGCAGGGUUGGCGUUUCAUGUUGCCGCAGGUCGGCAUACCGUACAUCCCAGUCUUCGAGCACAACCAGGGGGCGAUUCAACUAGCGCAGAACCCCAUUUCAAACUCGAACACGACGCACAUAGAUGUCAGGCACCAUUUUCUCAGGGAACUGGUAGAGAGGAAGGAAACUUCGGUGAUCCACGUGCCGUCGUCAUCCCAGCGUGCAGAUUUUCUUACGAAGAGCUUGCCGAAGGACACUUUCGAGUUUCACCGUGAUUUUAUGAUGAAUUUGGCAUGA